AUGUCCGUUACCACCACAGUCAAAACAGAGUCUAAACUCAAAAACAAAGAGCAAGAUAUAAAGAAAGCAGUAAACUCCAAAAACUUAGACGAGGUGAUCCAAAAAGUAAAAGCAGUGGACAACAGCUGCUCUUUCGAAAAAUGCAAAGCUCGCAUCGAACUUUUCGCAAUAGAAUGCAAAUUCUGUGACAGACGGUUCUGCACGAGCCAUGGUUUACCAGAGAUUCAUGGUUGCGGGGAAGCUGUACGAAGAGAGGAGAAAAGGAAAAUGAUGCAUCCAAACGCUAAGCUGAAUCAAGAGAUGAUCUCGCAGGCUCAUACGAGGCUGAACAUGAAGCUAAAACAGUUGCGAAUGGAGAGGAAAAAGAAAAAGUAG